AUGGAAGAGGACAAAGUUGAAGAUGUCCGGGAUAUUCUAUGACUGAAUGUGUGAGGCUGUUACACAGCCAGGCAUGAGGCUCUGUACUGCUUUAAGAAUUCCAUGAUGGCUUCCAUGUUUAGUGGAUGCUUUCCUUUAAAAGUGGAUGAAAAAUCCUGCCAAAAUUCUUACCAUUUAGUUUGUACCAAGCCUACAGUUUUCCUGCUCUAUAUCAACACUUCUGGAGCAAGCUGUGAAAGUAAAAUUAUUGGUGUGUAUGCCACAAGAGCUGAUGGGGUUGAUGCAAUUAAUAAGGCGCCAGGAAUGAAAAUUCAUAGUAAAAGCACAUACAAAAGAGAAGCUGGAAAUAACAUCCAAUACAUCUGGAGCUAUUACUCAGUAGCUGAGAUGAAAAAGAUGAUGGAUGCUUUUGAUGCCUGGGAAGGGAGUGGUGUCAGCUACUGGAGAGUGCCUCAGGAGCUGACUGAAUGUGAGACUCUGAAAGAACACCCUCUGAGAGGCAGUUGGCAUCACAUGCCUCCAGUUUAUAAAAGACUAUUAAUUGACUGUACUGAAGCAGAAGGCUGUUUGCCAUGUAAAGUGGGUCUCCAGCCAAUUAGAUUCUCAGGUCCCUCAACAAGUACCCACAUAAAAGUCAAGAAUUCAUCUUUGCUAAAGGUAGUUGCUGACAAUGCCUGACAUUCUGCAGCUAUUCUUAAACGACCCCAUAGUGAAAGUCUGAUACUGCACAAAGAAGCUUCUCAAACCACAUCCACAACAUGCACAUCAGUGCUCAGCAAGUCCCAGGCUCCCUGUGGAAGGCAGAAUGGCAAUGGGCCACUGAGCCAAUUGCCAUUCCAAGCUCUAGGGAGUAAGAAGCCUAUGAACAACUGUGCAGUGAAGCUGAAAAGGACUCCACUUUUUCUUGUGGCACUAUCUCAGCCACCUUCUUCUGCAUCCAGUAAAGCAAGAGAACAGAGCAGUGUUGCUGUUGAAAUUCCUACAGUGCUAAACAAGAAAGAACCAGCUGUAUUUGCAGAAAGUAUUACGCUUAAGAUAAAGUGGAUGGGUAAUGUUUGACUCAGUCUGGUAGACUGGACAGCUCUACAUUAUAUGGUUGAAGAAGAGAUCAUUAUUUCAUGUGAUCCUUUAUUCAAGAUUAGGUAGAAAAUGGUGAUGAAAAAGAUAAUGAAAAGCACAGGAAGAAACUGUUUUAA